GCCGCACUCGCGCCCCUCACUGCGCGCGCGCAACACUAGGCCUCGUCACCGGCAUCGCGAGCCCACCGCAGACGAGUGGAAUAAGUGCCGUUUAAAAGUGCAUGUUAGGAAUGUAAGUGUCAUUGACGAUAUCGUAUCCGCAAAACAAAGAAUCUUGGUCAAGGAGCUCGUUACAGGUAGCGAUAAGAUUAAGAAAGAUAAAAGGAAUAAUAACGUUUUUAUCAUAAAAAUAUUAAGUGUGUAACGUGAGGUCUGAGGAGGUGCACGAAAUAUCGCGGCCUUCCUUCCACAGUGACGGUUCUGCUGUCGUAUACGCAACUGUUAUAAACUGUUGACGAAUGCGCUCGUCAGCGGUUCCCGGAAUAGUGGACAAUAGUGGUAGUGGCGCGACGCAGCCAUGGGCCGGCGCUCCGAGCUGGUGACGUCGGACAACAGCGACGACAGCGGCGACGCCUUCACCGACGGGGACUUCGGGGACUCCGACGAGGACACCACGGUCGUGGAGCGCGCGCCCGCCACCAGCGGCAACCUUCACGAAACAGUCAACACGACCUUCAACAAGUCAAUGGCUGAGACGAACGGCAUUAGCAACGGCUCCUACGAUAAAGGCAACAACUACAGCCGCCAGAGCAGCUUCGGCAGCCUCAAAAGUGGCAAAUCCGGCUCCUCGAAUGGAUUCAAUAGCAAAGACGAAUACGACAGCAUUCGCAGGGACUCGCAUGGAGACCUGAACCCGUCCAUCGUCGGCAUCAUCGGCGGACAACACUCUCAUGCGGAGCAGCGCCUGGCGGCGCGGCGCGCGGCGCGGGCGGAGGCGCGCGAGAUCCGCAUGCGCGAGCUGGAGCGCCAGCAGCGCGAGCAGGAGAACAAUGCCGACAAGGCGUAUGACAUGUACGCGGGGAAGACAGAGACGGCGGUGCGGCGCGGCGGCGCGCGGCUGGCGGCGCUGGCCCCCGGCCUGCACUCGCCGCGCCGCAGCUCCGAGGACUCCGUGGACGACAGCUUCAGCCUCAAGGACCUUAGGCACGAGCUGAAGGAAGUAUCGGAGAAGUUCCGCGCGGCGAUGAUCCUGAACGCGCAGCUCGACAACGACAAGGCGGCGCUGCGGUACCAGCUGGAGCAGCUGCGCGACCAGGCCGAGGAGCAGCGCGAGGCCGCCGCGCAGCUGCAGAGAGAACACAAAGAGAAAUGCUCAGCGCACGAGCGUUUAAAACGCGAGCACGCUUCCCUAGACCGCGAGUUGCUAUCCGCUCGGGACGCCAUCUUAGCCCGCGACGCGGCGGCGGCGGCGGCGGGCCGGGCGUUUGUGGAAGCUACAGGGGACGUGGCCGAGCUGGCGGGAAGCGCCGUGGGCAGCGUGCCCGCGCUCGCGCUCGUGUCGCGAGAGUCCGAGGAGAUGCUCAAUGAUGCUGGGGAGGGGACGCUCGACGUGCGGUUGCAGAAACUAGUGACGUCACGACAGGAGCUGGAGGCGGAGGUGCGCCGGCUGAAGCUUCAGCUGAACGACGAGCGAGCGGCCCGAGUCAACGGAGCCAGCGGGCAGGACUGCGAGAGCGACUUGGAAGUGACCCGCAAGAGCCUAGCCGAAGCGAAAGCUCGCGCGGCGCGGGCGGAGGCCGAGGCGGCGCUGCAGGGCGCGGCGGUGGCGCGGCUCGAGGCGCAAGUAGCGAGGCUGCGGGCCAGGCAGGAGGGGCAGGACGAGCAUGAACACGCGUUGAAGCAGGAGCGGAGACGGCUGCAAAGAGAGGCGCGAGAAGCAUUGAACCGCGUGGAAGAGCUAGAAACAGAGAAUAACCAUUUAACAAAACGACUAGACAAACUGAAGAAUGCCAAGUCUGCACUUCUAAAGGAGCUGUGACAGAAUGACUAGGCGCCUCGAACAAUGACGCUUCGCUACGGCGCCGCGCGGGCCGAGCCAUGGCCCACACGCAAUGGACUCACCAGAUAGAAAUACAUUUAAUCGCAGUUUUCGUUGAACCCUUGCGUUAGAGCCUUACAACUGGACUGAAAUGAAAAGAGAGUAUCGCUGAGUAGUACGAGUGGGAGCGAGAUAGCUAUACACAGCCAUGUUAUACGUCGUCCGAGUAAAUAGCCGUAGAAUGUAACAUUAUGUAGAGGUUGGUAUCAAGUACAGUAAUAACUUGGUAUCUGUAUUUAUUGUUGACACGUGUAGAGUUUCGCUCAACGAUGCGAAUAGAUUGAUUUUAUGUAAGUAUUUUAAUUGAAAAUGCAGGCAUUUCAAAAAUGUUUUAAUUUUGAAGGUUUCUUUUAAGGUUGUCUGUAAGAUAUUAUGAUUUUAUUAAUAAAUUGGGUUGUAAUGUGUAUAACAGUUCCAUAACAUAUUUUUAUUGUAAAUCGCUUGAAUUAAAUGAUUUGUAAUAUAUUAACUGUAAUUAAAUUUGUUUAUUCAUAGUUAUUUAUUUGAAAUGCAUAUAGUUUUUGUAUAAAUACUUUUUAGUUAGCAUAUUAUAUUUGCUUGCCGAUAACUUUUGCUUUUAGUUAAGUACUAAUAACGUUUCGUGAUGUUUCUAUUUUAAUGACUUGCCAUUGGUUCACAAAUUGAUUGGUUCUUGUAGGAGCAGGCGACUUUUAGUAUAAUCAAGCUCAUUUAAAUGUGAUAGCGAUUUCCGAAUUUAUUUUGUAUGAAAUUAUCGGCCAGUUUCUGUAAGGUUAAUCAAAGUUAGCGUAAAAAUUUAAAACAUACUUCUUACAUCCUUGGAUACUUCGGAAGGCCUAGCACAGGGCGCAUUUAAGACGUGACGAAAGUUCUCUGUCGCGCUCGCUCUUGAGGCUGCGUGAGUGAGCAGAACUUUCAUCUCGUCUUAAAUGCGCCCUGUGCUAGGCCUUCAGUACUCUAUAUUUAUUCAUAAUUUAUGAUUAACUUUGAUUCGCCUCUCGGAAAUGUGAGGGUUAGCGACAACAAUUUAAAAACUAAUGAGAUUAAACAUAACUCUAGUUACCAUUGUCAUGUUUUACGCAAAAAAUUACAUACUUGAUUAUUAUAAACUUUAUUUUAAUUCUCAGGACAAGAAAGUGGGCCUUGUAGCCAUUGUAAUAUAGUUGUUACUGUCUUGUUCACGUGCAGUGCCAUUGCGCAUAAAACUAAAUAAUAGGAUAGUUCAUUUAUUUAAAAGUACGCGGUAUGAAUUGAUUGUAUGAUAACAUUUUAUAUAAGGUAUAUACUUUUAGGUAACUGUACUAAAUAACUGCGCACAUAUAUUACGUACAUUGACACCACAUAAAAGUGUUCAUACGCGUAUGAUACACUCGCUCAAAUCAAUGUAUGAAACAAUAGGGACUUUGAUUAUUACAUCUUUGUAAUGUUCAACACUAAAUCCAAAGUGGCAAUGGCCUAGUAUUGAAAGUAAGUUCUUCCACAAUACAUGCCGCGUAUUUUUAUUUGUGACGAGAAACAUGAAUAGGAAGGAUCCCGAGUGUAGAGUCGCUUUUUACAAAUUAUAAA